GUAACAAUGGCCAUGCUCCGGACAGCCUUAGCAUCAGACAAGAACAUGGUCUAGACUGAGCACCAACCGCAUCACCUCCUUUCAGCAAAACACCAACUCUCUACCAGCAUGGGUUCCAACACCACACAAAGCCCCGUAUUUCUAGUACUUCCUCCAGAAGUCACUGAUCUCAAAUAUCAGCCCACAGAACUCAGGGGCAGAAUCUAUGAGCACCAGGACUCCAUACAGAAAUUAUUUACUGCAAGACUCAGUAUCUUAGGGGCGACCCAGAUCGUCCUUGGAAUUUUGAAUUUUUCCUUUGGAAUUGUUUUUCUCUUCACCUUGGUAAAGCCAUACCCAAGGUUUCCCUUUAUACUCAUUACAGGAUACCCGUUCUGGGGCUCUGCUUUGUACAUUGCUUCUGGAGCCUUCCUAAUUGCAUUACAAAGAAAAACCACAGGAACGAUGGUAAGAGCAAGCUGCUUAAUGAGUUUGCUUAGUAUGCUGGGAGCCGUGGUUGGAAUCAUCCUCCUUGUGAUUGGUUUCUUUCUCGACAAAAGCUACAUUUGUGGCUAUGUGAAAAACCUUGCUCCGUGCAGUGAAGUUACCUUCAUAUUCAUGGCAAUCCUGGCUAUGCUGCUGGUCUUCACAAUGGCUGAGUUGUUCAUUUCUCUGUCUUUCUCCACUGUGGAGUGUUACUUAGUUGGUUGUUAGGAAUGGUGCUGAAACAGCAUGAUGGAAAUAAAGAUGUGGUGUGAUGUCACCUCCAGCGGAAUUCUGUGUGGGAGGCAAACCCACAAGGAACAGAGACUCUCAAGGCUGGCAAGUUCUUGAAGCAAAGCAGAGUGACUCAAAGGGGGCAGGGACCUGGGGACUAUGGGCUGAUGCGACAUAUCUGCCUCCUGGCAAUGCCACCUUCAUCCCUCCCCAAAGAGAACGAUCACCUGGGUCAUCGCCUCUAUUGGCCAUGCAGCCUUUAAACUAAAGGACAGGAAUGUGAGGUUGCCUGUGUACAUACGAAGACAUGGGCCCAGGACCUAGGGCCAAGAGGGAGAAGACAUCAAGGGGCCCUUACUCCUGACAAGCUCCUAUUGAUCUCUCUAAGAGACUCCUCACAAUGGCUCCUUCUCCACCGGGUGGACACAGGCUGGGUGGGAGAAUGGUUUGGACCAGGGGCUGAGGGUGUGGCUCAGAGGUACAGUACUUGUCUAGCAUGCUCGAGACCCAGGUUCAGUCCCCAUCAACAACACACACGUACACACACAUACAUGCACAUGCACAUGCACAUGCA